AUGUCAAACAUUGAUUCUGAUGAGGAGCAUGAAGAUGAUGCAUUAAAUAAACAAUUGGCUGGAUUUCUGUUUGGAAAUAUCGACGAAAAUGGCAAGCUUGAAUCAGAUUUUCUCGAUGAAGAUGUGAAAAAACAUGUUGGAUCUUUGUCAAAGUUUGGUCUACACAAUAUCAUCAGUUCUGGAUUUAUUACGGAUGAUGAAGCUAGUGAUUCUGACUCAUUAGAUUCGUCAGAUUCCGGCGGAGCUAGACGAAUGAAAAAGAGAAGACCGAUAGCAUCUCCAACAGAUUAUAAGCUCAAAAAAGAUACAGCUGAAGAUUUUUUUGACAUCGAUGAGUUGGCUGAAGAAAGUCCGAAUGAUAAAAUAGCAAUUAAAGAUGAUUACGAUAUCGAAGAUGCAAUUCCAGCUGCAAAAGUAUCAGCAGACUUUACAAAGGACUCAAAAAUCAAGAUUGAAAAGAAUGAUGAUAAAGACUUGAUGCCACCACCUCCAUUAGAUGCUGCACCAUCAAUUAAGCAAGAUGAGUCGAGUACAACAGAUGGAAAUGAUUCAAGUGAUGGGAAUGAGUCUAGAAAGUCUGAAAAGAAAUUGGAUACUCCAUUAGCUGCAAUGCUGCCAUCAAAAUAUGCAAAUAUCAAUGUUACUGAGCUAUUUCCUGAUUUUAGACAAGAUAAAGUUUUGCGAUUUUCUCGACUUUUUGGUCCUGGAAAGUUUUCAAGUUUGCCACAAAUUUGGAGAAGUGUUCGUAGACGAGUUAAAAAGAGGAAAAAGGAACGCGAACGUGAACGAGUCAAUCCAAAUUCAGCAGAAUCAAAUACAAGUGAUUCCGAUAUAGAUUCAAAGAAAUGUAAUGGAUUUAAUCUAAAAUUUGCGCCAGUUCCUUCAAAAGAUAUGAUCGCUUCUGAUGAUGAAGAAAAAUUGCUCAGUGAAAAGACAAAAGAUGAAAAAGAAGAGAAAAACGACGAAAAUGGAAGUAGUGAUCAAAAGGCAAAAACAGCAGCAGAUUGGCGAUUUGGUCCAGCACAAAUUUGGUACGAUAUGUUGGAUGUUCCAGAAACUGGUGAAGGAUUUAAUUAUGGAUUUAAAUUAAAAGAUAGAUCAAAAAUUAAUGACGAUUCCGAGGAUAAUCAAAGUGAUCCAGAUUUCCCACACGAUGCUUAUUUGAUGGUUUCACAGCUGCAUUGGGAAGAUGAUGUUGUUUGGGAUGGAACAUUAAUUAAAGAUAAAGUUGAACAGAAGCUUAAUUCAAAAACAAACGCUGCAGGCUGGCUUCCUAGCAGUGGAUCAAGGACUGCCGGUGCAUUUUCACAGCCUGGAAAGUCUAAUUUGCCAGGAACAAUAGGUGGAAAAGACACAAAAGCUACUUUACCUAUUUUAGCUAAAUACAGUAAAAAUCAGCUAGCAAAGCAGCAGGAAGAACACGACGACACUUGGUAUUCUAUAUUUCCUGUUGAAAAUGAGGAACUAGUCUACAGUAAAUGGGAAGAUGAAGUUAUUUGGGAUGCAGAAGCUGUUGACAAAGUUCCAAAGCCUAAAGUGUUGACAUUAGAUCCAAAUGACGAGAACAUAAUUUUGGGCAUUCCUGAUGACAUUGAUCCAUCGAAAAUUCAACAGAAUACUGGAAAUCAACCAAAAGUUAAAAUUCCACAUCCUCAUGUUAAGAAAUCAAAGAUUUUGCUAGGCAAAGCUGGUGUUAUUAAUGUUUUAGCUGAAGAUACGCCUCCACCACCUCCAAAAUCACCUGAUAGAGAUCCAUUUAAUAUCAGUAAUGAUGUUUAUUAUGCACCGAAAACAUUCUCAAUGAUGGAUGUUAAAUUAAAUACAGCUGGAAGUCUUCUACAACAUAGUACGCCCGUUGUUGAGUUAAGGUCGCCAUUUAUUCCUACACAUAUGGGUCCAAUGAAAUUAAGAAUGUUUCAUCGUCAACAUAUGAAGAAUUAUUCUCAUGGUGUUUUGGCAUCGACUAAUUAUCAUCCAGUUGCGCCAUUACAAAAGCACAUUAAUAAGAAAGCUCAACAAAGGGAAGCUGAAAGAGUCGCUAGUGGUGGUGGAGAUAUUUUCUUUAUGAGAACUCCAGAGGAUUUAACUGGACGUGAUGGUGAAAUUAUUUUGGUUGAAUUUUGUGAGGAACAUCCACCACUUUUGAGUCAAGUUGGAAUGUGUUCUAAAUUAAAGAAUUAUUACAAAAGAGAUGCUGAUAAGCCAAAAGCACCAACGGGUUUUAAAUAUGGAGAAACUGUUCCUGUCCCCCAUCCAAGUCCAUUUUUAGGCAUUUUAAAUCCCGGUCAGCACAUUUCAGUUGUUGAAAAUAACAUGUUUAGAGCUCCAAUUUAUGAACAUCAAAUUCCAGUUUCUGAUUUCUUGAUUAUUCGUACACGUAAUAAUUAUUAUGUUCGAGAAGCUGAUGGAUUAUUUACAGCUGGUCAAGAAUGUCCAUUAUAUGAAGUUCCUGGCCCAAACAGCAAACGUGCAAAUAAUUUCGUUCGUGACUUUCUUCAAGUCUUUAUUUAUCGCUUAUUCUGGAAAUCACGAGAUAAUCCAAGGAAAAUUCGUAUGGAUGAUAUUAAAAGUGCAUUUCCUGCUCAUUCUGAGAGUUCAAUAAGAAAAAGACUUAAGCAAUGUGCUGAUUUUAAAAGAACUGGAAUGGAUUCAAAUUUCUGGGUCAUUAAACCUGAUUUUAGAUUGCCAUCUGAGGAAGAAAUUCGUGCAAUGGUCUCGCCUGAACAAUGUUGUGCAUAUUUUAGUAUGAUUAGUGCUGAACAGAGACUUAAAGAUGCUGGAUAUGGUGAAAAAUUCAUUUUUGCGCAACAAGAAGACGAUGAUGAAGAAAUGCAAUUAAAAAUGGACGAUGAAGUAAAAGUUGCGCCUUGGAAUACAACAAGAGCAUAUUUACAAGCUAUGAGAGGACGUUGUAUCCUUCAAUUAAAUGGUCCAGCGGAUCCAACAGGUUGUGGUGAAGGAUUUUCAUAUGUCCGAAUGCCAAAUAAGCCAACUCAAAAUAAAGAAGAACAAGAAAGUCAACCGAAAAGAACAGUCACAGGGACAGAUGCUGAUCUUCGUAGGCUACCAUUGAGUAAUGCAAAGGCACUGUUGAGAAAAUAUAAUGUUCCAGAAGAGGAAAUUAAGAAAUUAUCACGUUGGGAAGUUAUUGAUGUAGUCAGAACUUUAUCAACAGAAAAAGCAAAAGCUGGAGAAGAAGGGAUGGACAAAUUUAGUCGUGGAAACAGAUUCUCAAUAGCUGAACAUCAAGAAAGGUACAAAGAAGAAUGUCAGCGAAUUUUCAACCUUCAAAAUCGAGUUUUAGCUAGUGCUGAAGUAUUGUCAACAGACGACGAGGAAUCCGAAAUUUCCGAAGAAUCAGAUUUGGAGGAAAUGGGUAAAAAUCUUGAGAAUAUGUUGGUCAAUAAAAAGACAUCAUCUCAAGUGAUUAAAGAACGUGAGGAAUUGGAACGUCAAGAGCUUUUAAAGCUUAUUGAAAGUAACCCAAAAGCUCAUUCAAAGAAAAAGGAUGACGAUAAUCAACAAUCACAAUCAACUCACACAACGAGAAUAUUGAAAAUUACAAGAACUUUUAAGAACAGUGAAGGACGUGAAUAUACGAGAAUCGAGACUGUUCGUAGGUCUGCAGUUAUUGACGCAUAUGAGAAAAUUAGAAAAACUAAGGAUGAUGAGUUUAUUAAACGAUUUGCGUCUAUGGAUGAAGCACAAAAAGAAGAAAUGAAGCGUGAACGAAGAAGAUUGCAGGAACAACUUAGAAGAAUUAAAAGAAAUCAGGAAAAGAUUAAUGCACAAGCACACGAUACAUCAGAAGUUUUGUCAUCCAGUAGACAUAUUCAUUCUGGAAGUUCCAGUCGAGAUCCAUCAGUCAGUAAGGAAUCACCAUUAAAAAAGAAAGUCAAAUUGAAGCCAGACUUGAAAUUAAAAUGUGGGGCUUGUGGUGCUGUUGGGCAUAUGAGGACCAAUAAAGCAUGUCCAAAAUAUACAGGAAUUUUGCCACCAGUUUCACCUGUACAAGUUGCAAUGACUGAAGAACAAGAAGAGGAAAUUGAAAAGGAACUAAAUGUCGAAGAUGAAGAUUUAGUGAAUGUUGAUGGAACUAAAGUGAAAUUAAGUAGCAAAUUACUCAAACGACAUGAAGAUGUUAAGAGACGAGCUUUAUUGCUUAAAGUUCCAAGAGAUGCAAUGGGUAAAGUCAAGAGACGACGUAUGGGACUUCCAGAUGAAUAUUGUGACUACCUACAAUACAAUAAAACAGCACAUCGUGCACGUACAGAUCCAAUUGUCGUUUUAUGUUCAAUUCUUGAAGAAAUUUUGAGUGAUUUACGUGAUUUGCCAGACAUGCAGCCAUUCAUGUUUCCUGUUAAUGCAAAGAAAGUUCCAGAUUAUUAUAAAAUCAUUCAAAACGCAAUGGAUUUAACGACAAUGCGUGACAAGUUGAGACAAAGAAAGUACAUAACACGUGAAGAAUUUUUAGCUGACAUAAACUUGAUUGUUGAUAAUUCUGCGCUUUAUAAUGGACCAACAAAUACGAUAACUAUGGCUGCUAAAAGACUUUUACAAAAGUGCAUUGACCGCAUAGCUGAAAAGGAAGAGAAAUUAAUGUAUUUGGAGAAAGCUAUUAAUCCACUUUUGGGUGAUGAUGAUCAAGCUUCAUUGUCAUUUAUUUUCGAGCAAUUCUUGAAUACAAAAUUGAAAGUACGUCAGGAAAGCUUCCCAUUCAUGAAACCUGUCAAUAAGAAAACAAUUAAAGGAUACUAUGAUAUCAUCAAGAGCCCAAUGGACUUGGAAACGAUGACGAAGAAAGUUUCAGCACAUAGAUAUCAUUCAAGAACUGAUUUUCUUAAUGAUUUGCAUCUUAUAGCUAGUAAUAGUGAAAAAUUCAAUGGAGAAGAUUCAAAAUUGACAAAAGAAGCUAAAGUGCUUGUAGAUUUUGCAAAAUCUUCGCUAGAAGGUCUUGAAAUUGGACAUUUGGAAGCAAAUAUUGCGCAAGUUCAGGAACGAGCAAAACAAUUAGAAUUUAAUUGGGGCGAUGAUGAGGAAUCAUUUGGACAGUUCCCAUCACGUAGAACAUCUAAAGACGGAGAGGAUGGUGACGAUACAUCUAGACCUGGGCCAUCAAUUAUUCCGCCACAACAGACUGAAGUUAAGAGAUCGAGAGGCAGACCGAGAAAAAAUCCUGGUGCUGCAACAAGCAAGUACGUCAAGAAGGAUAAAACGAAGCCAAUUGAGGAAGUCAUUGAUGUUGUCGGUGAUUUUGGACCUACUAAAUCUGAACCAUUUGCAAUCGAUAAUGAAAACUUCGGGGUUGGUUUUGAUACUAUGUCGCCAAUGUUAAUGCAACAGCCUCAAGCAGUACAGCAACAAGCAAAUUUGCCUCCAGUUCAAGAUGAGAAUGACAGUCAACAGGCUGCUGAAGCUAUGAUUCAACUUGGAUACUAUGCAGGACAGCAGCAACAAGAUGAAUCAAUGGACUUUGAUCCAAACUAUGAUCCAUCAGAUUUUCUAUUGCGAAAAGAAACUUCAGAACAGGAACAAGUCCAACAACCAGAACAAACGCCAUUUCAACAAGAUGCAUUUAUGUAUUCUGGUGGACUUCCAGUUCAAGAAGGCGCUGGGGGAGAUGAUCUUACUUUGCAGCAAAACUUUUAUGGUGCAUAUGGUCAACAAGCAUUUAAUGUCGGAGAUUAUUCGUUCCAAUCGCAACAAAUGCAGGAAGAUUAUUCUCAAUCACAACAAAUUAUUAGUGAUGGUGGUGGACUUGCUGAUUUAGAGAUUUCUGAUUCCGAUGAUGACGAAAAUGAUGAAAACAAUACUUCUGAGAAUCUAGCUGAUACAAGCAAGGAUGAGGAUGGAUUGUGGUUUUAA